CACCUUAAUUAAAUCAUUUUUAGUAGAAGUAUAAAAUUAUUCUACCUAUUUCCACUGCCACUCUAUCCUCUUCUCCCACCACCACCACCACCGCCAUCACAUUAACAUUCACUUUCGUUUUAUUUUCCCACCAUUUUUAUGUGAUGGCUCUUGUUCCCACUUGCAAUCUUCACCCUUUCUUUGAUUCCUUCAACACUAUCCCCAAGCUUCACACUCUUUGCUUCUUGAGGUACUCUUCUUAUUCUUUUUCUUCAAUUCACUGCUCUGAUAAGCUCACUUUCUGCGCAACACGGAACUGGGUCUUGUGCCAUUCAAUUAAUGGAACAAUACCCUCUAAGAAUUCUAGUGUUUUUGGUGUGAAAAAUAUAAUAUUUCAAUGUAAGGGUUUGUGUAGUGAUAGUUGGUUGAAACGUUGGAACGAGCCUAACAAAAACACUCGUCCAAAACAGCCAUGUGCUCUUUUGGAUUAUCAAGGUUCUGGAAAUGGGCAUUCAUCAAAAUCUAGUUUUGUGAGUUCUGAUGAUGAUUAUGAUUAUGAUUAUGAUGAUAGAGGUGGUGAUGGAAGCAGUGGUGGCAGUACUAUGGAUAGGAUUGUGGAGAAAUUGAAGAAAUUUGGGUAUGUUGAUGAUGAUAAGAUUGAGAAGCAAGAUAGAAGGGAAGAGAGGGUAAUAGAAAAAGGAUCUGUGGAGGAUAUAUUUUACGUGGAGGAAGGGAUAUUGCCCAAUACACGAGGCGGGUUUUCACCGGAGUCUCCAUUUGGAAUUGGAAACAUUGUGAGUGAUAGGGAGGUGAGGUUUCCAUGGGAGAAGCCAAUAGAUAAAGAGAAAGAAGAGGAAGAGAGGUAUAAUCGAAGAAGGAGGGAAAGUAAGACUUCUCUUGCAGAACUGACUCUUCCAGAGUCGGAAUUGAGGAGGCUGAGGCGCUUGACUUUCGAGAAGAAGCAUAAGACCAGAGUUGGGGGUGGUGGGGUUACUCAAGGUCUUGUGGACAAGAUUCAUGAGAGGUGGAAGGAGUCAGAGAUUGUUAGGCUGAAAUUCGAAGGGGAAGCUGCACUUAACAUGAAGAGGAUGCACGAGCUACUGGAGAGGAAAACUGGUGGUCUCGUGGUUUGGAGGUCUGGCAACUCUGUUUCCUUGUACAGGGGUGUGAGCUAUGAAGUUCCUUCAAUACAACAGAACAAGUGGAUAUAUAGGAAAAGAGGGAGUUCUUCAGUGCAACAGAACAAACAGAUAUAUGGAAAAAGCGAGAAUUCUUUUAAGUCUUUACCAGCACCUUCUCAUCAUUCAUUGGAAAAGCAUUCUGACAUUGCUUCUAAUUUUGGGACAAGUCCACAUUUGGAAAAAAUGGAAGCUACUGAUGACCAAAAGGAAAAAAAUUUGCUUCCAGAAGUUAGUUACGAAGAUGAAGUAGACAAAUUUUUGGAUACUCUAGGCCCUAGAUACACAGAUUGGCCUGGGAGUGAGCCGUUGCCAGUUGAUGCAGAUAUGCUUCCGGCAACUAUUCCUGGUUAUGAGCCUCCAUUCAGAGUUCUUCCCUUUGGAGUGAGACCCUCGCUUGGUCAAACAGAGGCAACUUCUCUACGAAGGAUCGCAAGGACCCUUCCUCCACAUUUUGCUUUAGGUAGAAACAGACAACUUCAAGGAUUAGCUACAGCCAUGAUUAAAUUAUGGGAAAAAAUUUCUAUUGCAAAGGUUGCACUCAAACGCGGUGUGCCGCUAACUACAAGCGAGAGAAUGGCAGAAGAGAUCAAGGUGAUAAAGGAUAAAUCAUGUCUUUUCCAGAAUAAAUACUUCUUGGUCUUUUAUCGGGGAAAGAAUUUUUUGUCAGCAACAGUCACGCAAGCCCUGAAGGAGAGGGAAAGAAUGGCAAAAGCAAUGCAAGAUGAGGAAGAACAAGCAAGAUUGAGAGCGUCAUCUUUGGUCUUACCAACUAUGAAUAAUUCAGAGAUAUCUGCAGAGGCUGGGACCCUUGGUGAAACUUUGGAUGCAGAUGCAAAAUGGGGAAAGACCUUGGACGAACAUCACAAACAAAAAAUAAUGAGAGAAGUAGAACUACAGCGACAUACCACAGUUGUUAACAAGUUAGAACGAAAUCUGUUUCUGGCUGAAAGAAAGGUAAUGAGAGCUGAACGAGCCUUGAUGAAAGUGGAGUCAUCUUUGAUGCCAUCAGAACCCAAAUCAGACCCUGAAAGCAUAACUGACGAAGAGAGGUUUAUGUUUCGCAAAUUAGGAUUGCGGAUGAAAGCCUUCUUACUUCUUGGUAGACGUGGAGUUUUUGAUGGUACAAUUGAGAACAUGCACCUGCACUGGAAAUAUAGGGAACUGGUUAAGAUAAUUGUGAAGGCUAAAACCUUUGAUCAAGUGAAAAAGGUUGCAUUGGCACUCGAAGCCGAGAGUGGAGGCAUUUUAGUUUCGGUUGACAAAGUUUCAAAAGGAUAUGCUAUAGUUGUUUACCGGGGAAAGGACUACCAGCGACCUUUAACUCUAAGACCGAAGAAUCUUUUGACAAAGAGAAAGGCUCUAGCACGGUCAAUUGAGCUCCAACGACGUGAGGCUCUCUUGAAGCAUAUUUCAAAUUUGCAAAAGAAAGUGGAGAAGAUAAGAUCUGAAAUAAAACAAGUGGAGACUGUAAAGGACCAUGGAGAUGAAGAAUUCUAUGACAAAUUAGAAUCUGCUUAUGCUAGCAAUGAUGAUGACUCUGAGGUGGAAGAUGGCGAGGAAGGAGAUGAGGCAUAUCUUGAGACCUAUAAUAGUGAAAGCGACAGUGAAGACAAUGAAAGUGAUAAUAAUUUGUAUACUUCAACUGAGCAAUUUGCAUCACAAAGUUGAAAGAACCAGGUUCCAUUGUAAGGCUUGGUUCCUUGUAAAGUUCAUAGAUGGAAUCAGCUUCCACAUUCAAACCUCCUAUCAUCUCCAAGCAUUUGAUAUCUUCAGGAUCUACUAACAGGUUAUGAUCAUCAUCCUUCCACCCUAUGAGCUGUGUUGUAUGACAAGAGAACAUAGUUACCAUUUUAUCAUCUUAAUGUAUCAUAGUGUAAUGUCAAUAUUUUUUCAUGACAAGGUUGAGUAGAAUAUUGUUCAUAUGAUUUUAAUUCCUUUGGUGAACCAUCAACAGCAUUUGUGCAAUAGAGCCUAGCAUUAUCAACAAGUUUGCAGUA